UCUAUCCCUUCUAACACUGCAUAUAUAGACCGGGAUUGGGAUCCUGCUACUGAGACGCUCGAUCACUAUUCGUCCCAUCCAAGGAGUAGUACAUGCCAACAUGUUCGACUCGGGGGUUCUCGUGCCGUUCAAACUUCACUAUGAGGAGACGAAGGAGCUUUCCUCCGGCGACAUCGUCCACUCCGAGGUCGCCCACGCCGGGGGACACCGCGGGAGGAUUCGAUGCGACCCGCAGGGAAAGAAGAAGGCUGACAAGCAGGGCGAGUACAUCUCGAUCUUUCUCGAACUCAUGAGCAAGUGCAAAGGCGUCAAGGCCAUCUUCGAGGCCUUCGUGGUGGACAAGGACGGCGAGCCGUUUUCUUCCCAUGAAGAGCGGUGCGUGCAGGUUUACCCGCCGGAGGGGUUCGAAGCCUGGGGGUGGCCACAGUUCGCGAAGCGAAGCGAUCUCGAGUCUCAGUACGUGGUGAACGGGUGGGUCACGAUUGUGUGGGGAGUUGUAGUCGUGCGCGAUGACUCCAUAGCCGUGCCGUCCUCUGACAUAGAGAACCAUCUUGGCCGCCUCGUCGACUGCGGCGACGGUUCUGAUGUUUCCUUCGUCGUCGACGGCGAGACGUUUCCGGCGCACCGGGCCGUGCUCGCUGCCCGCUCGUCGGUAUUCAAGGCGGAGCUUUUCGGCUCCAUGGCGGAGUCCACGAUGUCGCGCGUCACAUUGGAAGACAUCGACGCCGCAACGUUUAAAGUAUUUCUUCGGUUCGUCUACACCGACGCCUUGUCCGGAGAUGACGAGCUCGACGACUCGGCUACUGAGAUGUAUGAGCGUCUGCUUGCCGUGGCCGACAGGUACGCCAUGGAUAGGUUAAAGCUCAUUUGCGCCAAAAAGCUGUGGGAUGGUGUGACUGUCGACAACGUUGCUGCAACUUUAUGUUGUGCUGAAACGUACAGCUGCUUGGAGCUGAAAAACAAGUGCAUUGCUUUCUUCGCGGAGGAGAAAAACUUCAGGGAGGCCGUGCUAACAGAUGGUUUCGUGGGGCUGGUUCAGAAGUUCCCAUCUAUUAUUUGUGAGCUUUUUUUUUAG